AAAUUUUUAAACUUUUUAUAUAAUUAUUUUAUAAAAUAAACAUUUGAAAAUGGAUAAUGAAAAGAGUGAAUAUGAACUUUUACGAGAAAAAAAUUUAAAAGAACAAGAAGCUUUGUUUCAAUCGAUGUUUAACGAAGUUGAGGAAUUCAAUAAAGAAUUUUUUAAAGAAUUCGAAGAGACUAAAAAAAAGAAAACGCCUCCAAAAGUUAAAAGAAAAACACCAAAAUGUGAUAGAUCUAUGCGAUUCAAAGUUGAGAUACCAACAGGAAAACGUAAAUCGACUAGAAUUCAGGGUAAAAAACCAAAGUAUAGUUUUAAUGAUAUAGAAGAGAUUCACGAGACAACUAAAACUGUUAGAAAACUUAAUAAAGUAACUGAUUUAUAUUCAGAAUUCAGUUUCCAGAAAAAAUCAUUAAAAGUUCCUUCGUAUAAAUAUCAAACAACGCAUGUAAAAUAUGACAUUGAUGAAACCCCACCAUUAAUACGCCAGCCCGAUGAAAUCACUGAUGAAGAAAUUACCCAAAUACUUGAUAAAGUUACAAAUAAAAUUUGCUCCAAAGACGGUACAUUCUGCCAUCAAUGUAAAUUGAAAUCAAUGGAUACGAAAACAAUUUGCCGAAGUGGAUUUUGUGUGAGUGUACGAGGUCAAUUUUGUGGACCAUGCUUACAAAAACGUUACAAUGAAUCUGUUGCCGCUGCACUUAAAGAUCCUAAUUGGAAAUGUCCACCUUGUCGACAAAUCUGUGUCUGUUCAUCUUGUCGCAAUGGUCAAACUGAUACGAAUGAACAUGAAAUUGAUCAGAAUAAUGAUUCAAUUGAGAAUGACGCAAAUGAUUCGGAUUUACUUGAAGGAAAUAUUUGUAAGGAACAACAUCAACUUUCACCCGGAAAUAAUUUAAAGGAACUAAAAGUUUUGAUUGAACCUUUGGUUAAACAAGAUACAGAAGAAGUAAAUGAAGAGCAGGCUAAAAAGAUGAAAGAUGAUGUUAAAAAGAAAACACCCCCAAAAGUUAAAAGAAACACACUAAAAACUGAUUUACCAACUGAAAGGCGUAAAUCACCUAGAAAUGCGUCUAAAAAACCGAUGAAUGGAAAACGGGAAAUUGAUAAUAAUUCAAAUGAUUCAGAUAUUUUUACGGAAUAUCAAAAUAAUUUGAAAACUUACACAAAUUUACGAAAGAAGAAUAGUUAUGAAGAAAUUUUAGAUGAAGAGAAUUUAUUAGGGUAUAAUAAGAAACGAUUAACUGAAAAAGCUCGACUAAAACAAUCAAAAAUUACCACUGCAUUUUACAAACAACGGAAAACAUCAUAACUACAAGCUAAAAUUAAAAAUAACGCAAGCAUCACGACUUUUUUUUUGCAUUAUUCGUGCACUGCCAUCGAAAUAGUCAUUUAAUUUCAGAAUUUAACACAUUCGGUUUUUUUUACUUCGAAUCUGAGACUUAUGUCAAUUAAUCGGCGACCACUUGCCUUUAGAGAGAGAAAAUUGAGAACUGCAUCAAUGAAAUUCGGACACAUUUCAGUAAAAUAGUCAAGCAAAAUUUUGUAUAUGUCAACAGAGGUGUCAAGUUUUAUUUAUUCCAUUCUAAAGCUUAUAAUGUAAUGCUUAGAAUUAUCAAACCAAGAAUCGUUUUCUAAAACUUUAGGAUGCAACAAUAUCUUGAAAACGGCUAAAUUUUGGUAAAAUUUGAUUUACAAAGUUAACAUUUGCAAUUCAUCAACAUU